UCAAGAUGGACCAGCAAGGACGCAGAAGCGAGGGCCUCGCCACCACGCCCCCCGUCGACUACGGUGAAGUGGCCAGCGACGGCAGCGAGGCCAGCGCCAGCGACUGCGACUGCGACGACAGCGACGACGACAGUGCCGACGGCAGCGACUUUGAAGGCGAACAAGACGGCAGCGACGCAAGCGAGGCCAGCGUCAGCGACUGCAGCCAGCACGACAGCGACGACGACUCGCCCGGCGUCUCUUUCAGCACGACGAAGCGCAAGGCCCUCGUCGUCCUCGACUCGGACUCGGAUGAUGACUGGACACCAUCAAAUUGUCGGUGUAUAGAAUCACGAGCAUUUGCAUUCAACGCUCAACGUACCCUGCCCCACACCGUCCUUUACGGUGUCAAAGGCAAGACCGUCUGGCGCUGGGGCGGCGGCGCUGGCACGCCGUACCGGCUACAAGAGCUCGAGAGCCUUGUUGACAAGUUUCUCGAGAACGAACAGCGGAGCAACGACCAGCAGAGCAACGGCCUGGGCAUCCACAACGUCACAUGA